AUGCACUUCCGCCAUGGUCAUUUCCUAUGUGAAGAUGAAUCCUGCCUCGCCAAAAAGUUUGUUGUCUUUCAAUCUGAGGCAGAAAUGAAGAGGCAUAAUACGAUUGAACAUGGACGUUUGUCUCGUUCUAAGCGUAAUGCUGCUUUGCAGAUACCAACCAGCUUCCGGUAUCAACGAACAAGUGAGCAAGAUCAUCGACGUGGAAGAGGUGGAAGAGGUCGGACUUUUCGUCGUGAUUCUUCUGAAAACCAACUUUCUAUGGCUAUUCAAGCAAGUUUGGAGGCAGCUCAUGCUGAAAAUACAUUGAAUGAUCCUUCAUCCUCCAGUGGGCAAGUUGCUCCACAUCUUGGAGAUAUAAGCGAUAUUGAUCCAAUCAUUGACCCUUUUGAAUCAUUAAGAACAAGGGAUAUCGAAACAUCUUCAAGGUAUCGUCAAGCCUUGGGGCAUAGUUAUAGUAAUGCACCUUUGGAGGAAUCUUCCUUUCCUCCCCUCUCAGUGCAACCUAGCAGCGGUCAAUCAAACCCCAGAUCUGACUCGGAUGGUUUGCCUAAUAACACCGUGGAGCAACCGCAAGGCGGCUGUUAA